AUGGAUGUCUUUGGUGGAGCACCUCGGUUCCUGGCCUAUCCUCGUCCUGUGGUGGUGCAAAGUGGCACUGAUGCGGUCCUUAAAUGCCAGAUUGGUGGGGAUCCCAGACCGGCAGUCAUAUGGGAGAGAAACAAUGAAAAAAUCCUUACAGGUGGCAGAUAUCGUGUGUUUGAAGAUGGCAAUGUUUACAAUCUCAUCAUCACUGUGGUGGCAGCAGAAGACAGUGGCCAGUACAUAUGCAAAGCUAAAAACUGCAUCGGGGAAACAUAUGCUGCAGCAACGUUGAAAGUAGAAGGCGAAGCUCAAGAGAUGGAGCUGAGAGAAGAAAACAAGCCUCGCUUUCUCAUCAAACCUCUGUCUACGCGAGUGGGCCGAGGAGACGAUGCAGCCUUCUCCUGUAAGCUGUGGGGGAAACCUCGGCCAGAAGUGGUGUGGGAGAAGGAUGGCAAGAAGCUAAAUGAGAUCUUCGAGAGUACACAUUUCAGUGUUGGAUACCAGGAUGGUGGAUGGUUUCAGCUCAAGAUUUUCAAAACCCGGGCACCUGAUGGUGGAGUGUACACAUGCAAAGCCAGGAAUGAGUUCGGUGAAAGCCUGGCUGGAGCUGUGCUCUUGGUGGAUGCUGGCCCUGGACAUGAAGAUGAAGGAAACCGUAAUGGUUAUACUAAUGGCCACUGGAAGGCCCAUCAGGGAAAGCAGAGAAGCAGUAAACAUGUUCUAACAAGGCUAAAAGAAGGCCCUCUGCCGACUUCAGCCAAAGUAAAAAUGUUUGCUGUGACUGAAGGAAAACAUGCAAAAUUCCGUUGCUAUGUGACAGGAAAACCCAAACCAGAAAUCAUAUGGAGAAAAGAUGGAAGAAUAAUUUUGUCUGGAAGGCGGUAUCUUCUAUAUGAAGACAGAGAGGGAUAUUUCACACUUAAAGUACUCUACUGCAAACAGCAGGAUAACGGAGUAUAUGUUUGUGCUGCAUCCAACACUGCAGGACAAACUUUAAGUGCAGUACAUCUUUUUGUUAAAGAACCACCUGUAAGAUUCAAGCAACCACUUAAUGACCUCGAAGUCUGGGAGCGUGACCUGGCCGUCCUUGAGUGUGAAGUACCAGAGGACUCUGUGCCAAUCACGUGGUAUUUAGAAGACAGGAGGCUACAGCCAGGGGCCAAAUAUGGGAUGGAGGAGUGGGGAACAAAGCGCCGACUCACAAUCCGAGACAUGGGAAUUGAUGAUGAUGGGAUCUACCUCUGUGAAAUGCCAGAUGGAGGAAGAAGCAUAGCUGAGGUAACUGUCAAAGGUACAAUUGUAAGAAAGCUGCCCAGAAAAGUAGAUGUUCUGGAAGGGGAAAAUGCUGCUUUCUGUGUGGAAGUAGAAGAGGAGGAAAUGGACAUUCACUGGUACAAAGAUGGGACAGAGCUAAGGGAGACACAUCAGACCAUCCUCAAAUCGUUUGGCAGAACUCACAUCUUGGUCUUUGUUAAUACUACACCUCAAGAUUCCGGCAUGGUCAUUUUCUAUGUUGGUAGAUCAAAGACAUCAUCUCAGCUAAGGGUGAAAGCGGUUAGGCAAUGUCCACCUAGCUGCCCUGUGGGGGUUCAGAUAAACACGGAGCGUGCAAAUGCAGCGCUUCUGUCCUGGGUUCCAGCACAGGACUGUCGGAAGAAUCCACCCUCCGGCUACAUCCUAGAGAGACAAGAAAUAGGUUCUCAGGAGUGGCUCCAGUGCCUCACCACUGACUCAGCGACCUCAGUGGAAAUUCUUGGUGACAGUGUUCCAUGUGAGGCUGACUACAGAUUCCGCAUUUGUAGCAUCAACAAAUAUGGAAGAAGUGGAUAUGUGGAGUUCCCUCGAGCAGUUCAUCUGGUCCCGGUAGCAAAAAUACAAGCACCUCUACAAGAUGCACUGGUGCCUGAGGGCCAGGAUGCCUAUUUUUCCAUUGAGCUGUCUGCCUCAGUCAUAGGCACUUGGUUUUGGAAUGGCAACCAAAUUCAAGAAGAUGAACGUUUUCUCAUUAGACGGUCUCGUACACACCAAUCACUUCGAAUUCGAGGGGUACGAGACACUGACAACGGAGCUGAAAUCACCUUCAUUGCCUAUGGAAUUCGUGAUUCAGCAGCUCUAUAUAUACAAGCUCCACUGGUUAAAUUUACUCCACUAUCCGAGAUGGACCGGAAUAAGUUUGUGGAAGUUGGCAAUCCAAUAGUCCUCUACUGUGAGCUGUCAGACCCUGAAGCACCAGUCCGCUGGUAUAAGAACGGAAUUGAACUGCACUCAGUUGAAGGUCUUCACAUCCAAUCAGAAGGAACAAUGAGGAGAAUUGUCAUUCAGUCAGCUGAGUUCUCCCAUUCAGGGGUUUACAGCUGUGAUGCCAUUGAUGAUGUCAUCAGGUUUAAUGUGGAAGUGGAAGCACCCCCUGUGACAUUUGGCUACAUCCCAGAGGAAGAGCUUCACAGAAAUGUAGUGGAACAAGACAGUCUCUUCCUUUGUUGUGAGGUGUCCAGAUCUGAUGCCACUACACAAUGGUACAAAGAUGGAGUUGAGAUACAGACCAGUGACAAAGUCAGAAUGGAGACAGAACACACCAUGAGAAAACUGAUAAUCCAAUCUGUUCGAAUGUCAGACGCUGGGACAUACACAUGUCGUGCAGGAGGCAGUGCCUUAAUAUUCAAGGUGAAUGUACGAGAGCCCCCAGUAAUGAUUGUCUAUCCCAAAGAAGAUGUUCACCUUGAUCGACAUGUUCCAGAGGAAAUUGUUCUCAGCUGUGAACUUUCGCGUACAAAUGGGAAAGUGAUUUGGUUCAAGGAUGGACAGAAACUUCAAGAAAGUGAAAAUAUGAAAUUGAAAACAGAAGGUCCAUACAGGAGACUGAAGAUUCUUCACAGCAGAGUUGAGGACUCAGGAGAGUAUGUCUGUGACACUGCUGAUGACUCAAAAUUCUUUCAUUUAAGCAUAAAAGAACCCCCAGUAUGCAUCGUUUCCCCAAGCCAAUCCCAAAUGGAACUUUGCCAGCAAAUGUCAGAGAGGAUGGUGCUGAGUUGCGAAAUUUCCAGAGCCAAUGCUUCUGUGCGCUGGUAUCGAAAUGGGCUUGAGGUAGAAGAGAACAACAACCUUAUUCUCGAAGUUGAUGGUGUUUACAGAAGACUCAUUAUACCAGAAACAACAGUCAGCGAUUCUGCAGAAUAUGUGUGUGACACAGCUGAUGACUCUGUGACAUUCUUCGUAAACAUUGCAGAACCCCCAGUGCGGUUUAUUCGGCCAAGGAAAAUGGCCUACGAAGUAGAAAAAUUUGUUGGAGAAACCAUAGUGCUUGACUGUGAGGUGUCCAGACCAAAUGCAGAAGUCAGUUGGAAGAAGAAUGGAGAAGAGAUUGAAGAAAACAGUUACAUAACCAUAACUGAGGAUGGAAGUAUUCGACAAUUAACAAUUCAUUCAUUACGGCUUGAAGACACGGGCCAGUACUUAUGUGAUGCCAAAGAUGAUGUAAUGGAUUUCAGUUUGAAAGUACAUGAUCCACCACUCAAAUUUCUGCAAAAAUGUGAUAUAAUAACAGACAGGCAUUUUGUCGUAUCAGAUGCCAUUGUGCUCAAGUGUGAACUUUCCAGAGCAAAUGGUGUAGUCUGCUGGUACAAGGACAAUAACAAAAUUGUGGUUAAUGAUCACUUUACGUUUGAAGAAGAAGGGGCAUUCAGAUCUCUCAUCAUUUUAAAUGCGGAGAUUGGGGACACUGGUGAAUACAUAUGUAAUGCAAAGGAUGAUCAGGUUGUCUUUAAUGUCACAGUGCAAGAGGCACCAGUGUCUAUCCUACGAAACUCUAGGACCCCAGAACACUACUCAUUUGUUGCUGGAAACGAGCUGAUCCUUGAAUGUGAGGUGUCUCGAGAGAAUGCCACCGUUCAGUGGCUCUUUAAUGGAAGAGUACUAGAGGCAGAUGCACGAAUCCAUAUUGAAAGCAGAGGCACAAUGCGAAAACUUGUCAUUUCAAGCCUUCAGUUGUCCGACUCAGGAGACUACACAUGCGAUGCUAUUGAUGACAAAAUGAACAUCAUGGUGACAGUUCAAGAGCCACCACUCAAGUUCAUCAAAAAUGAAGAGAUAAACAUUACUGCCUAUGAAGAAGAAAGCGUGACACUGUGUGCUGUUGUUAACAGAGAUAAUGGUUCUGUGCAAUGGAGCAAGGGAGGCAAAAAAAUCACUGAUCAUCGUUUUUAUGCCACGAGUGAUGGACGUUCUCAUUUCCUCACGAUCAAAAAUCUGAAUAAAUCAGAUGCUGGAGAAUAUGAGUGCGAUGUAGGGACCGACAAAGCCCAUUUUAGUGUCCAAGUCAAAGCUAUGAAGGUAAAAUUUUCCAAGCCAUUACAAAAUGUGGUAGAGCUCAAGGGGAGUGACGCUGUAUUGAGAUGUGAACUCCACACAGCUAAAGGAGAUGUCCAGUGGCUAAAAAACAACCAAGAAAUCACACCAAACCGACAUUUCACAAUACGCGCAGAUGGGCAAGAAAGAAGCCUCACAAUACACAACUUAACAGAUUACGAUGCAGGAGAAUAUACAUGUGAAUCAAAGGAUGAGAGAACAUCUGCAACGGUUGUCGUGAAAACCCCUCGUGUUGUGGAGUUUAUUGCUGAGCUGCACAACAUGACUGUAAUGGAAGGAGAAGAUGCAACAUUUAAGUGUGUAGUGUCCCCAGAAGAUGCAAAGAUUGUCUGGAGUAUGAACGGCUGGCCCAUUACAUCAAAUGAGAGGUUUAAUAUCUCAAGUAAUGGACUGUGCCAUAUGCUGUAUAUCAGAAAUUGCCAAGUAUCAGACAGCUGCAAGCUAACAGCAGAAGCUGAAGGAGUGAUAUCCAAAGCUAUGCUACAAGUUCAAGAGAAACAGGUGCUGUUCACAAAGAAAAUGGAGUCAGUCGUGGCCGAGGAGUUUGGAGAGGCUACCCUCGAGGUGGAGCUGAACCUGGAAUGUGGAGAAGUACAGUGGAUGAGACAAGGCGUGGUCAUACACGCCGGACCCAAGUUCACCCUGAAGCAAGGUGGCCAAAAACGUAUGCUCACAAUCCACAACCUCGCCCUUUCGGAUCGUGGGACUUACAGCUGUGAAACUCUUCAUGACCGCACACAAGCCAGGCUCAGUGUGGAACCACGGAAAGUUAAAAUACGGAAAGGACUGAGCGAGAUCCAAACGUUUGAGCGUGAGACAGCAUCGUUUGAAGUGGAGCUGACACACAGCAAUGUGGAAGGCAUGUGGCUGAAAGACGGGAACUGCCUCAAAAGCAACAACCACUGGCGCAUUACAGCGAAAGGCCGUGUGCAUGGUUUGACCAUCGCCAACCUGUCACUGGAGGACACAGCAACGUACACAUUCUCCACCGAAAAUGCAAAAUCAUCUGCCAGACUUAUCGUUAAAGAGAUACCAGUGUCCAUUCUGAAAAAGCUGGAGGACAGCACUUUCCCAGAAGGUACAGGAGCCAUCCUGGAGUGUGAGCUGUCAAAAUACAAUGUCACUGUCAAGUGGACAAAGAAUGGAGAAGAACUUAAGCCAGGGAAGAAUAAUCGUAUCUACUCCAUGGGGAGGAAGUGCUUCCUGCAGAUUGUGAGAUGCGAGAUUGAAGAUUCAGGUGUAUAUGUGUGCGAUGCUGGAGAUGCCACUACUUCCUGCUCUGUGGAAGUUUACGAGCGAUACCUGGAAGUGUUACACAGUCUGGAAGACCUGGAUAUCCAAGAAGAUCAGAAUGCUGUGUUUAUGUGCGAGGUGUCUCUGGAUGAUGUACCUGGAGAGUGGUUUAAGAAUGGAGAGAAAAUCAAACCUACCAGCACCAUCAAGAUCCGUCAAGAAGGAACCAAGCACUUCCUUCUGAUGUGCAACGUUAAGGGAGAGGAUUCAGGAGAAAUCAAGUUUGUUGCCAAGAACGUCGAGUCUAUAGCUUACCUCGAGGUGGAGAAAGUUCCGAUAACUAUUGUAAAGCCGCUGCAAGACACAACAGCUCUGGAAAACACUCGGGUCUUACUGGACUGCACCGUGUCCAACCCGCGCUGCAGCAUUCGCUGGUACAAAGGCUGCAAUGUGAUCCUGCCCUCAGAGCACUUUGAGAUCUGCAGUGAAGGCUGCUAUCGCAAACUUGUGAUUCAGGAGGUCACACUAGAGGACACAGGCAUGUACAGCGUGCAGGUCGGAGAAAACACGUCCUCAGCAAGACUGACUGUAGAAGCCCAGCCGAUCCUGAUGGUGCAGGAGCUGCAGGACGUGGAGGUGUCGGCUCCAGAGGAAGCGUGUUUCGUGUGUGAGGUCUCUGUGCCCAUCUUGAAAUCACCCAUAUGGACUCUGAAUGGAGAGGUGCUGAAACCUGGGCCCAAAGUUCUCCUGGAGAAAAUGGGGACUGUGCAUAAGCUCACCCUGAAGCACACGUCAGUGGAAAUGAAUGGCGUUGUGGUGUUUGAUUCAGGAAAGGCCAAAAGCACAGCAAACCUGCAUGUCAGAAAAUAAUCCCUGCCUGAAAUGGACCCAGCUUUAUUUUGUGAAUCGGAAGCAGAGUUUUUUUUUAAUGGAUCUAUUAAAACUUU